CGGCUGUACUGGACCUCCUCUAAAGAUUGAAGAUUCCUGUUGAUAUCCUGACAUGAAGCUCAAUUUACUUGGCACCACCGUGAUUCUGCUAGUUGCCUUCUUACCGCGCUACGAAUGUCGGGCUAUUGAGAGCCCUGGCGGUGCCCUGCGCGUCCCAGCUCCCCAAACCCAAAACUCCCAGCAGCAGCAGUCUGGUCCCAUCCUGGAGCGGGUUGGAGAGGAGUAUUUCAUCCGACUAGGCAACGGGGACUCUAACUCUUUCCCAUCAUCGUCAAUGUAUCCCGGCGGAUCACCUGCCAUCUACAACAGAGCGCUGCAACUCCAGCUGACGCGGCGUCUUUUACAAGGGAAAGUUGGGAACAUCAGGGCGCUCAUAAGCGGCUUCGGAGACCGCGGGGAUGACUCAAUGGAGAGGGGAAGGAGGUCCGAGGACCCGCCGAUAUCCCUGGAUCUGACCUUCCACCUGCUCCGGGAGAUGAUGGAGAUGUCCAGGGCGGAACAGCUGGCCCAGCAAGCGCAAAAUAACAGAAGAAUGAUGGAGCUCUUCGGGAAAUGA